CCUAGCUUCAACAAAUCCCGGCCUCAGAUGUCCGCAGCAGAAACCAUCACGUUUUCCACCUCGGUUGCUUAACUUUUCCAUUGAGUCACUGAGAUGGCUCAUGAUGUUUUAAUAAUUACCUCAUCGCGUCCCCCUUAACCGCUGCUACUAGAUUCUCUUCUUAGAAUACCCUUUUUAACUAUGCUGGCUCUCUCGGUACGCGGGCUUAUAGGCUCGCGUGCGCUUAACCGACAGACUAUCCGAACGAUGGCUACCGCGCGCCGUCAAGCUUUCGAAACCAUCCCAUCUUCUCCAAUUCGAGUCAUGCGUACGGUUGAUGAAGUCAGGAGAUGGAGGAAGCCCCAAUACCUCGACCAUAGAAUUGUCUCACUCGUACCUACGAUGGGAGCUCUUCAUCAAGGCCAUCUUUCUCUUAUCCGCAGCGCAGCUCGCGAGAGCCAUCACGUCGUCGUUAGCAUAUAUGUGAACCCAGCCCAGUUCGGCAUCAAAGAGGACCUAGCUUCUUACCCCGUGACUUGGGAGUCGGAUUGUAAGAUCCUAGCUGAAUUAGAUCGUGAAUUGGCCGACGAUGGUGGGAAUUUAGGCCGCAUCAGCGCUGUUUUUGCGCCAACUACCCCUGAGAUGUAUCCCUCAGGGUUUCCAGGUCAAGAAGUAAACUCCAAAGGGAGUUUCGUGGUCAUAACACCACUAAGUGAGAUUCUUGAGGGUCGUACUAGACCAACCUUUUUCAGGGGCGUCGCCACUGUCUGCAUGAAACUUUUUAACAUCGUACAACCUGAAAAGGUGUACUUUGGCCAAAAGGAUGUCCAGCAGACCGUAUUGAUCCGAAAGAUGGUCAAGGACUUUAUGCUGCCGACCGAGGUUGUUAUUGGUCCUACCAUCCGGGAGUCCGACGGACUUGCUUUAAGCUCCAGAAACGUUUACCUCGGCGAGAGACGACGCAAAGUCGCCCCCGUGCUAAAUCGCGCGCUCAAGGCUGCUGAAGAACAGUACCUGAGCGGGGCUCUGCAUCGAAAGUAUCUCAUGGAUGCUGCUAAUACUUUAAUUCUAAAUGUUUUAAACGAACAGUCGAAAUUACCUCCCGAGAAGAGAGUAAGGUUUGAGGUGGACUACAUCUCACUUGCGGAUCCCUGUUCAAUGGAGGAGCUGAGUGAAAUCGAUCCAGAGAAGGGUGGUAUACUGAGUGGUGCAAUAAAGAUGCUACCGGUCGAAUCACCGCAACCAGGCGAGGAUCUGGGACAUAGCGGAGGACCAGCAGUCCGUCUCAUAGACAACAUUAUUUUGAAGCCAUCAGCGGAAAUCUAGAGUUAUUUUUUGAAUACACCUAUAUAAUAUGAGACAUAAUAAUUUGGAUCCAAGGUUAAGCAUAUCAAACUACAAGAUGUCAUUGGCUACGUUAAUAUCGUCGGACUUUUAAAUUCUCAAACCAGUAUAUUUUCUGCAGUGUCAAUGCAGCAGAACACGAACUAAAAGUUACAUGUUCCUGACUGGGAUUCUGCAGCAGCAACCGCAUGGCUUCUCCACGUGCAGAAUCAGGUACAUAAUAUACCUAUAUUAGGGUAAGGGAGG